CUUUUCCCAAAUGUCAUGCGAAUGGAAUGACACAGCUACAGCCGUUGGUGCCUGGCCUCUCCUCCUUAACGUGACAGGAAGUCUCUCGCUGGAUGGGCUGCCCCUCCAUCCCGGGUGUCUCCCUGCAGCGUUUUUGUUCCAGAAACCAGAUCGUCUGUUUCACAGUUUCCCACAGUCUGGAUUUUGCUGGUGGCAUCCCACUGGGGCUUGCUUCUGAAAAGCCACAGAGGAGCUCAUUUUCCCGCGUGACCUUCAUCCUGGGGCUUGCUCUCCACCGAAGGGCCGGGAAAGCCACGAGUCAAGGCUGCCAGCCUCAUGCCCACCCGUCUGCCUCUUUGGAGCGCCGGCGGAUGGAAAGAAGGCCAGCGUUCUUUUAUGUCCAGUCCAGGGUCACUCUCUCUGUAGAGAGGUGCUGGGCUCUGCCGAACGUGAAACAGGCUCACACGAGCUGGACAAAGAGGCGGGCACGGGGGAGAGGCCUCUGCGGACGUGGAGGCACUGCGGAGGGAUGGACAGAGCCCGAGUUCCUGGCCGCUGGCUCCCUGCCCAUUUCCGGGAGACGGCCGGAACCUUCCUUCUCCCUUAAGUCCUGGGGUCGGGAGAGAAGCCAUGGGGUGCACGUACUCCUCUCCGCGGGACGAGCCCAGCCUGAGAAGGUCAGUUCCAGACGUGUCCCUGCGGCGGCCCGCGCCGAUGCACCUCGGGAGGGGGCCCCCGCCUGGGCAGGCUUGCCCUGGAGGCAUGAAGAGGGUGCCCUGUGGAGUUGACCAGCAGAGUCAGGCGGUUCCCGGGGGGGCCCACCGGGUGCACGGGACCACUGGUCUCUUGCUUGGGUCCCGGUUUGCAGGCUGCAUUCCCUGCCUCCAAAGGAAGGCCCCAGUGGCCGGCUCCCCAACCUGGGAAAGAGCGGGCUCCAGGCACACAGCCCAGUGUGGAGCUGUCCGGCGGGGCCGGGCCAGUUGAGGGCACUCAGGUGUGGACCCACAUGGACGGAGCAGGUGAGUUCCCCCGCCCCGA